UCCCUCUUACUGCCUCCAUACCUCCACACUUUGCUGCAUCAUAAACCUUCAAAUUCCAUCUUUUCACUACCAAGAUUGUAUUUUUACGCAUUAGUAAAGCAUGUUUGCUUGAAAAUUCUGAACCUCUGACUUGAACAAAUUGUGGGUCUUCAUCUUUUUUCACAAGGUGAUGUAAGUUCUACAUUUCUUGAAAAAUGAAGGCUUGUUUAUACAUGAAAAGGACAUUGGUUUUCUUGAUUUCUUGUUUGUGUGUAACCAUGGAAGCAAUGGGCAAUGCAAGAAAUUCUAGUGCUUCUUCUUCUUCUGUAAGCCCAAAAGUUCUAAACAUUGGAGCAUUGUUCACAUUCAAUUCCGCCAUUGGAAGGUCUGCAGGGCAAGCUCUUGCUGCUGCAAUUCGAGACGUAAACUCGGAUUCGAGCAUUCUCAAUGGCACUAAGCUCAAUCUCAUCUUGCAGGAUACUAAAUGCAGUGGCUUUCUUGGAACAUUUGAAGCUAUGCAGCUUAUGGGGAAAGACAUUGUUGCUGCAUUCGGACCACAAUCCUCGGGCAUAGCUCACUCAAUUUCCUUUAUCAUGAACGAGCUCCACGUGCCUCUCCUAUCGUUCGCUGCAACGGAUCCCACUCUUUCAGCUCAGCAUCAGUACCCUUACUUCCUCAGAGCAACCAUAAGUGAUCAUUUCCAAAUGUAUGCAGUUGCUGAUCUCGUCUCGUAUUUUGGAUGGAGCGAAGUGGUGGCCGUCUUUGUAGACGAUGAUUAUGGCAGAAACGGGAUCUCUGUUCUGGGCGACGCUCUUGCGACGAAACGCGCCAAGAUCUCUUACAAGGCAGCCUUAACCCCCGGUGCGUCAAGAACCGAGAUUGACAGCGUGUUGGCGGGGGUGAACUUGUUAGAAACUCGAGUUUUUGUAGUACAUGUGAAUCCGGAUUCUGGUUUGAACAUCUUCUCAGUAGCUAGCAAGCUUGGGAUGAUGAGCUAUGGCUAUGUUUGGAUAGCUACAGAUUGGCUCACUUCUCUUCUUGAUUCAUCUGAAGUCGAGCCAGAGACCCUCGAGCUCUUACAAGGAGUCGUUGCACUUCGCCAUCACACUCCGGAUUCUGAUGCCAAAACAAGGUUUGCAUCUACUUGGAGAGACCUCAAGAGCAAAGAGACAACGCGCUUCAACACCUACGCGCUCUAUGCUUACGACUCAGUGUGGUUGCUAGCGCGAGCCCUCAAUGAGUUCUUCGCCAGUGGUGAAGCCAUCACCUUCUCUGAUGAUCCAAGGCUGCAAGAAGUAGACGAAGGCAGCAAAAACGCCCGCAUCACGUCUCUGCGAGUCUUCAACGAGGGCUCAAAACUGCUGCAGGUGCUGCUUAGGAUGAACUUCAGUGGUGCAGCUGGCCAAGUUCAGUUUGAUUCGGCCAAGAAUCUAGUCAAUCCCUCGUUCGAUGUUCUCAACUUUGGAGGGACUGGCUCGCGCAGUCUUGGCUACUGGUCGAAUCACUCGGGCCUAUCAACCGUUCUUCCAGAAUCACAACACACAAAGCCAUCAAACACUAUCUCUAAAACUAGUCAGCAUCUCUACGGUGUGAUAUGGCCUGGGAAGACCACGAAGAGGCCCCGUGGAUGGGUGUUUCCCGACAACGGGAAGCCUCUGCGGAUUGCAGUACCAUAUAGAGUGAGUUUCCCUAGUUUUGUGACUAAAGAUGAAGGGCCUUUAGGGGCUAAGGGAUUCUGCAUUGAUGUGUUUGAAGCUGCACUUGCUUUGUUGCCUUAUCCUGUCCCUCACCAAUAUAUCAUGUUUGGAGAUGGUAGAAGGAAUCCUUCCUUUGACAAUAUGGUCAAUGAUGUUGUACAAGAUAAAUAUGACGCUGCUGUAGGGGAUGUGACCAUCACAAAAAGAAGAACCAGGCUGGUGGACUUCACACAGCCAUACAUGAACUCGGGCCUCGUCGUGGUUGCUCCGAUACAGAAGGUCAAAUCGAGCCCGUGGGCGUUUCUGAAGCCGUUCACUUGGCAAAUGUGGGCUGUCACCGGGCUCUUAUUCCUCUUUGUGGGCACCGUCGUGUGGAUCCUUGAGCACCGAAUGAACGCUGAGUUCCGGGGGCCUCCGAGCCAGCAACUCGUGACUGUGUUUUGGUUCAGCUUCUCAACUAUGUUUUUCUCACACAGAGAAAACACAGUUAGCACAUUGGGGAGAUUAGUGCUUAUUUUAUGGCUUUUCACAGUGCUGGUUAUCAACUCAAGCUAUACAGCUAGUUUGACAUCAAUCCUCACAGUUCAACAACUUAGUUCAAGAAUUCAAGGGAUUGAUAGCUUGACCACGAGUUGGGAACCUAUAGGGAUCCAAGAUGGAUCGUUCGUGUAUAGAUACCUCGUCGACGACCUACACAUAGCCGAGUCAAGGCUACGAGUGUUAAAGGGCGAAGACGAGUACAUUAGGGCUCUGGAACUAGGUCCAUCCGGCGGUGGGGUGGCCGCCAUCAUCGACGAGCUCCCUUAUGUCGAGCUUUUCCUUUCCAACACGCGAUGCCAGUUCACCACCGUCGGACAGGAGUUCACUAAGAGCGGAUGGGGAUUCGUAAGUUCUUCAAAAUUCAUGGCUCCGUCACUGUGUGCGCGUAACAUCUCAAAUUUUAUUAUGUAUCUUCCAACUCAACAGGCUUUCCAGAGGGAUUCGCCGUUGGCUGUAGACCUGUCGACAACUAUCCUCCAGCUAUCGGAAAACGGAGAACUUCAGCGGAUCCACGAUAAGUGGCUCCCACGCAAACGGUGCUCAACCCUAGAAGAACCAACCGACGAAGCCCAACUUUCAUUGAAGAGCUUCUGGGGCCUGUUUCUCAUCUGCGGCGUCGCGUGUGUCGGUGCCCUGGCAUUCUUCUUUGGCCGGGUUUGUUUCCAGUAUAACAGGUUGAGUGUGGACGGAGGGGCGGUCACAGCUGGUUCGACCGAACCGGCCAACCAAUCGCGUUGCAGGCUCUUCAAGGCUCUUAUGGAUAUCAUCGAUAGGAAAGAGACAGAAAUCAAAGAUAUGUUCAGACAAAUGAGGGAAGAUUCGAAUAGGGAAGCUGAAGCCGGCCGAGACUCGAAAAGGCCAAGCAGCUAAAACGAGUUUGCUUCAUCGACUCUUCCCCGAACACACAGCCUAGCUUGGUAACACCUAUUGUGGAUAACAAGACAUACAGUUUGAUUGAUUGAUGAGUAAAAUACACGAGAGGGAAAUUGCUGCAACAGGGGCAUUUUCUUCAUUUCUUUACAUGACUUCUGAAUCUAUUAGAGAUAAAAAGGAGUAUAAUGUGUGGAUUGAACAUUGUGACAAAACUAUGUAAAAAAUUGGAAAAAAAAACAAAUAGAUCAUUAGCAAUAGUUUCAUCAA